UCUUUUCCUACCCUUUACAUAUGUUUGUGUUUUCUAAAUAUUGUACAAUGAUCUGUAAUUUUUUGUAUCCAAAAAAGAAGACAAUAAAAAGAGAUAUUCUUCCUAAAGUAUAUAAUCUAUAUCUACACAGAAUAGUGAAAUUUUAUGUAUUAUUUUGCAUGAUCACUUGGUAUAAGCCUUCUGAUUCUAUGGAUUCCUUAGCCUGCUUCAUUAAGAACAUGGUGCACUCCUAUCUGCUUCCCUGCAGGUGUGUACUGAUUAUCCACUGUCAUGACCAACCAGAGCUGCCAGGAACAGUUCAUCUUGUUGGGUUUCUCAGACAGACCCAGGCUAGAGCAGAUCCUCUUUGUGUUUGUCCUCAUCUUCUACCUUGUGACUUUAGUGGGCAAUAUUGUCAUUAUCUUGGUUUCCUGCCUGGACCCCUGCCUCCACACACCCAUGUACUUCUUCCUCACCAACCUGUCCUUCCUAGAUCUCUGCUUUACCACCAGUUCGAUCCCCCAGCUACUCUUCAACUUAGGCAGCCCAGACAAAACCAUCAGUUACACGGGUUGUGCCAUCCAGCUCUUCAUGUUCCUGAGACUGGGUGGCACAGAAUGUGUUCUCUUGGCAGUCAUGGCUUAUGACCACUUCACUGCAAUCUGCAAGCCCCUCCACUAUUCUGUCCUCAUGCACCCUCAGCUCUGCUGGAAGUUGGUGUCUGUGGCCUGGGGAGUUGGCUUUGGCAAUUCUAUAGUACACACAGCAUUGACCAUGACUCUUCCCUUCUGUGGUAAAAACCAAGUGGACCAUUUCUUCUGUGAAGUUCCAGUGAUGCUGAAACUGGCCUGCACCAACACCUCCAUCAACGAGGCUGAACUCUUUGCUGUCAGUGUCUUCUUCUUGGUGGUGCCCCUGUCACUCAUCUUAGUAUCCUAUGGUCACAUUACCCACGCAGUCCUGAAAAUAAAGUCCGCCCAGGGGAGGAGGAAGGCUUUUGGAACCUGUGGUUCUCACCUAAUGGUAGUGAUUAUUUUCUUUGGGACACUCAUCUCCAUGUACCUCCAGCCUCCCUCCAGUUAUUCCCAGGAUGUGAACAAAAGCAUUGCACUGUUCUAUACUCUGGUGACUCCCCUGCUGAAUCCCCUGAUUUACACUUUGAGGAACAAGGAAGUCAAGGGGGCACUAAGGAGACUAGUGAGAAGAAACAGAGACUUGAGACAGAGUUAAUGCAGAAUUUGCAAGGCCCAAGAUAUUGUGCAUUGGGA